AUGGCGAUGAACCCCGAACGGGAGAAAAUGCUCAGAGAUGCUUCCGCCAAAGAAAUCGAGCUUCCAAAUCCGCCACGCGUCAAGUGCAUUCGCAUCACCGGCUCAAACGUUGUAGCACUGAAGGAUACAAAUGCUGCCAGGCCCAAGCCGGAUCGUCCCGAUGCAACUAAGACGUCCGCUACUACAUCACGAAAACGAUCCCGCGACUUGCUCGAGCAAGAAAACCUGGGAGAUGUUGCAUUUGAUUACCGGCUCCGUCGACAACAUGCUGCCCUUUUCCCUCUCCCGCCUCCCCCUAGCCAUCACACGACAUAUCUCACAAGCCUGCUUCAAGGCUGGCUGUUGCGGCUGACCUUGGAGCCAAAGCCGACCAAAAAGUCUGUUCCUGCAGUUUCCACACACACGGACCAAAUCACGAGCGUCGGACUGCUUGUAAACGAACUAAUGCGCCGAAUGGGACUUCCAGUGCUGCGUCUGCCUACGUUGAACGAAAAAUGUCUUUCAGCUUCGCAGAAAUAUGAUAUAGCCCGUCAGGUUCGAAAAUUUGUCACACAAUUACGGAAGACUCCACGGCAAAACGCGCAGCUGGGGUCUAUUGCCUCUGGGAAAUGUUCCCUCAUGCUGGACAAGCAUCAAAACAACACCCACUGGGCUGUGCGGCUAAACCCUACUCACAGCAUGUUUAUAGCAUUUCUUAUGUCGUCCUUUUACGCCACAGUUCCCAGUUCUGUUGGUGCUGCACUUGCUGAGCAACUUAGGCGCGAAUCUCCGCUUGUCAUGUCGCAUGGCGACAUUUGCCCCAAGAAUAUAAUAGUUGACAAGUCCCAAAUCAUUGCCAUUAUGGGCUGGGACUGUGCAGGCUGGUAUCCAGACUGGUGGGAAUAUGUAAAGUUUUUCGAAGCCCGCACCAGUGACAAGAAUUCUGAUUGGUAUGAGUAUGCAAGCGAAAUCUUCUGUGAAGAAUUUCCCGCCGAGUUGGCAGCAUACCAAGGAGUCGUUCGAUGCCAGCUCCCCUAG